UGGGACAGGGAGAAGCCGGGCUCGGGGCCCCGGGCUGGGGGACCGCGCUCUGCACCCGAGAUCUGCGCAAAAACCAAACCAACAAAAACCCCAAACAAGCAAACAAACAAAUGAGCGAGGCCCGCCACGUCCGCCGAGGGGGAGCUCGGAGUACUUGAGCUCUCAGGAUAGUCACAAACAGGCCAAGGCAGGCAACGGGACUUUAUUAAUGAACGACUCCCCUAGGCCGAAAGAACUCGGUUUUCCCCCUCGGUUCCGGGGGGGAAAGCGGAGCGGCCCCGGGCGGAAGAGGGAGGACCCCGCGCGUCAAGGGGCUCCCUCCCGCAGGCCCGGCUCGCGCGCCCCGCAGGGUUUGUGAUGGGCAUCUCCCAGGCGACGGGCUCCGCACCAAGAUGGCGGAGGAAAAGGAGCGGGAAGGUACAGAGGUAAUAGUGGCAGAAUAUCAUAAGAAGAUCAAAGAUGCCUUUGAAGUGUUUGACCAUGAAACAAAUAAUACAGUGGAUGUGAGAGAGAUUGGGACAAUUAUCAGAUCACUGGGAUGCUGCCCUACUGAAGGAGAGCUACAUGAUUUCAUUGCAGAGGUGGAGGAAGAGGAACCCACUGGAUACAUUAGAUAUGAAAAAUUUCUUCCAGUGAUGACCAAAGCACUUCUGGAAAGAAAAUACAGACCAAUUGCUGAAGAUGUCCUUCUCAGAGCUUUUGAGGUUUUGGAUCCAGCUAAACGAGGGAUUCUGACCAAGGAAGAGCUGGUUAAAUACAUGACUGAGGAAGGUGAACCUUUUUCUCAAGAGGAAAUGGAAGAAAUGUUGUCUGCUGCAAUUGAUCCCGAAUCAAAUGCCAUCAAUUACAGGGACUACAUAACAAUGAUGGUGAUAGAUGAAAAUUAAAUGCUCCAAAGACUUAGUUUCUUUUUUCUUCUUUUGAGAUGACUGUAAGAACUUAAUUUCUAAUUGAAAGGGUAGUUUGAAAAAUUGUUUGUCCUAAUUAAUUUCACAUUUUAGCUUAUAAUCUCUGUAUUUAGUGCCUUAUGCUAUAAUUGUUUCAAGGUAUUUGUUUUCUAGAGAUGACCUAUUUAAAACAUAAAUUUGUUUAGUAUGACCAGAUUUAUAGGAUAACAAGUUGAUUACUUAAAAGGAAUUGUAAAACAUUUUAACACUAAAUGUAUUAAUUGCUUAUUUUGCACAACUAGGCCAGUGUUACCUUGAAAUUAAUUAAACAGAAAAUGAAGAUGGA